AUGAUAGAGUUUGGAGAUGAUUAUACUUUGUCCUCUGGGCAGGAUGAUUCCCUGGCUUCUCCACCACUACUGACUUCCAGAACAUCAGAGAAGGAGACAAGAGAGAUUCUCCAUGCCCUCGAGGAAAUUCAAGAAAAAUUACGAGGAAACGUCUCCUGGAAAGAAGCCCCUGCAAAGCAAACACAGGAUGAGCCGAUUUACUUAAGGAGAACGGAACUUCCGGAAGCUCUGUGUUCCCCCUCAUGCACACAGCCUGAUCGGAGCUGGCCUGCACCCAAGAGGCCCUCCCAGUUUGCUCAGUGGGCCAUCAGCCCAACCUUUGACUCAGGGAGCCUGUCCUGCAGCCUGGAAGUCUCGAAGGAUUGCCGGACAGUGACGGUGUCUCAUCGCCAACAGAACUAUCCGUGGAGUCCCCAGAGGUUUUCAGCCAGCCAGGUGUUCUGUUCCCAAGCCCUCUCCUCUGGGCGGCAGUACUGGGAAGUGGACACUCAGCAUUGCAACCACUGGGCAGUUGGGGUGGCUUCCUGGACCAUGGCCCGGGACCGGAUUCUGGGAAGGACUAUGGACUCUUGGUGUGUGGAAUGGAAGGGGACUGGCAAGCUCUCUGCGUGGACCAUGGCCAAGGAAACUGUCCUGGGAUCCGACAGACCUGGGGUGGUGGGCAUCUGGCUGGACCUGGAGGAGGGGAAGCUUGCCUUCUACUCAGUGGCCAGUGAGGAGAGCCUCCUGUAUGAAUGCAAGGUCUCGGCCUGCUCUCCCCUGCACCCUGCCUUCUGGCUGUUUGGCUUAAGGCAGGGAAACUCUCUGAUCAUAAAGCAAGCAAGGAUGUAAAGAUUCCUCCUGGAUUUAAACAGUGGUUUCCUGCAGUCUCUCCCAGCCUUCGAGAAGGCUGGCAACUUGACUAAAGAUCCUGCUUUUGAAGUCAGUCCUGUCAUGUGGUGCAACAGGACUUAAUUGGUUCUGAGUGCUUGGAAGAUCUGGCCUAAGAGUGGCCUUGCCUGCCUGGCAGCUCUGGGCCCUGGAGAAGCACCUGGACCUCAGCAGAGGCUGGAGACUCAGUGAGCUCGUGGGCCCCGGCUGUGUCACCAUGACUGAGCCCCGGAAAAGCCUGGGAGAGGCCCCCUUUUUGGCAAACUCCAUGGCAGGGAACCCUCUUGAACCCUGCUCUGUGUGCUUUUUUCCACUGAUGAUUUUAUUCUGUGGCCUUUCACUGCAAUAAAGCGAAAUUCCUGGAACUGUUGCCCCUCAGCCACCCUGCCUUGGAGCCAGCUGACUACAGACUGA